AUGAUGCUUCCCGAUGAUUUGCUAUUAAACUGCAUAGCCAGAGUUUCAAGAUCGUACUACCCUAUUCUAUCCUUAGUUUGCAAAAGAUUCAGGUCUCUCUUUGUUUCAACGGAGCUUUACCAAACUCGAACCCUCUUAGGCUGCACAGAGACUUGUCUCUACGUUUGCUUAAAACUCCCUACCUAUUACAGCCGUCAACACUGGUUCACUCUUUACCUGAGACCAAAUAGUUAUAGUUCUAGGAAAUUUUUGCUCCCAAUUACAUGUCCCAAUUCUCCUUGUACGUACCAAUCGGAUUUCGCAAGGGUUGGUUCUAAAGUAUAUUCCAUUGGCGGACGAGUCAUAAGCAGCGGUGAAGCAUCUUCUAGCGUCAUGGUCAUGGACUGUCGUACCCACACGUGGAGUGAUGCCCCGAGCAUGUUAGUCGCACGUGCGACCCCUUCUGCUUGCGUCCUUGAUGGAAAAAUAUAUGUAACCGGAGACUGCAAAAAUCUCGAUGCAACUAACUGGAUGGAGGUAUUCGAUACAAAGACUCAAACUUGGGAGUUUGUGUCGUCUUCAAGUACUCCUGAGAGUGUACGCAGAGGGUUUAGGCAUCAAACCCUAGGGUAUAAUGGAAACGUGUACGUCAAGUUUUCUGAGGAACGGGAAAAUAUUUAUUACGAGGAACAGAACGUCUUGUAUAGCUGUACCUGCGGGAGGAUCAGCUGGUACGACUCUCAGGUAAAACUUUGGAAACCAUUGGAGGGUGAUCUGAGAAAAUUGUAUGCUUUUACUAGGGAUGUUACUCAAGUGGCAGAUUAUGGUGGAAAGUUGGCGGUUUUGUGGCAUCAUGUGGCUGAAAAAAAAGCAGUUUUGUAUGCGGUAAUUGCGCUUGAGAAACGCCAAGGAGGAACUAUUUGGGGGAGAAUUGAGCGGUCUUACCCUGUGUCUACAUUCCGUGAGAAUAAAGUAGCCCAUCUUGUUGCUGCUACACUCUGA